GGUUGGGAAUGAUCAUAAAUACUGUAUUAGAGUAGAGAGAGGAAAUGGAAAUUGAAAUCGGUAAACCCUAGGGGAAUGUGCGGCGAAGUCCCAAUGAAUUUCCCUCCAUAUCUGUUGACGAUUUAAAUCUGUCCGUCCACUCUGUCACUGGGAAAUCAUCGCAUUUAUUUCAGAAAGAUGCAGAAGGAGGAGGAGGAGGAGGAGGUUUCGUCCAAGUCCUUUAAAACCCACGAGACUCGCCGCAUUCUCCGAAUCGCUGAUAUUCUACUCGACGACAGAGACGGAGACGGAGACUUGUUUGAAAUGGACCGACCCCGAAAGACCGACCACCACCUCACCAUUAUACAGUGCUCCACGCCGCGCCGGAUCGUCUCCCGAUGGUUCUCCGCUCUCAAGCGUGCCAGACCCAGAAAAGUUAACGCACGGAGCGACAACAGAGACAACGAAAUCGUCAAAGAAAGCAAUCUCGCCCGCACCAUGUGUUCCACAAAUGGUUUCAACAGCGACGGAGGGCCAGGACGUUGUGGUAUGGAUUCGAGCUCGUUCAAUUUGGGGGUGGCGUGUGGUCUGCUUUGUGUGGUUGCUGCUGGUAAAAAUGAACUGAACAAGAUGGUGGAAUUGCGGACACAGAUGGAGCUGAUUCUUCAAAAUGCCAAACAGGAAAUGGGCAGUAAGAAUGCACUUAUAAACGACCCUAAGCCGGCGGCGGAGUCUAAUGAGAUUCAUUUCGCUUCUUUCUCCACCAAUUUCCAACAAGCAUCGACCUCUGGUAGCCAGUUUUCUCUUCAAUCUGUUGGCGGCCGCGACGAGUGCUCAGAUUAUUGUGUUGGAAAUGAAGGAGAAGGAGGAGACGAAUACGUGGCAGGAAUAGAUCAACUAGAGGCGGAGCUUCGAGCCGAAUUAGAAAGAAUGCAGCUCCAAUUGGAUUCAGAAAGUAAUUCAUCCAUUUCAAAGUCCCCACAGCAGCAGAGGCUAGAGGGUAUGGGAGGCAUUGGUUCAAAUCGUCGUGAAGGGGACUCAGCAUCAACGGAUUACAGUGAUCAUGAAAUGCUCUGGGGCUGUGGAUUUGCUCCGCUUGAACUUGAGAGAAAAUUGCAUCUAGUGCUGGAAGCGAGACAAGAAGAGCGGAUAAAAGAACUGGAAGAUGCUUUAGAAUGUGCAGAGCAGAAGCUUGAGGAGAAAGAAAGAGAGGUGUCUUGGUGGAGAAACGCUGCAAUACUUAUGUCGGGCCAUGAUCCAGAACCUUCAUAUUCGAAUGGUUAGGAAACAACCAAAUUGUACAGAGGGUGAGGAUUGAUUUCCGUUUUGAAGAUUGGCUGUCCUGGUCUUUCAAUUGUAGUAGUCAAGUGUGACAUGUAACUAGUCAGUCUGUUUAUGAUUGAACUUUGUACUACUUUGAUCCAGAAUAUAUCAUCAUAGUUUUGUCUUUUCA